GUUCACAUUAAGUGCCUAUUUGUUAGAAUAAUAGAUUAGAAUAUUUGUUUGGAAUCUGAAUCUGAUAUUGACUUUUUCAUCUAUUGAUGGAAUUUUCAGACAAGAUUUCAAUGCAAAAAUAUAAUCCAAAUGUGAAUAAGAUUUUUAUCAACAUUUUUACACCUUUUUUCGAUAUAAUCAGAUUGUUCCUUAGUUUCAUUAUUUUUUCAUCAAACAUUGAUUGAUAAUCAACUCUUACCUUUAAGUAAAUCAUCUUGUAUUGAUCGUGACAUCUUUCCAUGUUUUUAACAUGAACAUCGAUAAAUUGCCUGAUGACUGCUUAUUACAUAUAUUCAAUUUUUUCAGUAAAUUUGGGACACUUCUAAAUUGCUCUCAAGUUUGUGAAAGAUGGAAAUAUUUGGUUCUUCAGAGACUAUCAAAUGUUAAGUAUCUAGCGGAUUAUGGACCAAUUGAAAGCUAUCCUGUUAGAAAUACUAUAUUAUAUGAAUAUGAAGAUCGGUAUGGCCUGAUUAAACGAAUAGAAUGGUUUCCUAAACUUAAGAUCAUAGAAAGUGGCUCUGAACCUGAAUUUUUCUCGAAUCCAACUGUCGAAGGAUUCCUUUUUUCCCUUUCAAAUUCAGAAAACUUUACUAAUUGUAAUUCAUCACUCAAAAUGUUAGCAGUCGACGGCCUCUAUGAUUUUUAUGCCAAUGAUAUCCAAGGACCAAUGCUAGAUCAGUUACACAUCAAUUCUUGUUCUAUUUCCAAGUUCAGUAAAUAUGCUAAAUAUUUUCCAAAUUUGAAGCGACUUCACAUUGAACACCAUACACUUGACGAUUUUGAAGACACUUUCUACACUGGACCAUCUCUUGAAAAACUAGAAAUUUUAGAAGUAAUUGGCUCUUCUCAAUGGGGAUCUCAAUAUGAUUAUCAUGGAUUCAGUCUUGCCGAUAAGUGCCCAGUUUUGAAAAGUGCAUAUCAUUAUAUCGAUCGUGAGGAUGAGUUUUGGGUCAACAGUGGAAUCAAAAAUCAUUUUUUAGAAGAUUUAGUUAUACAACUUAGUGGUCAUGCCUACCCAAAUUGGUCGAUUUUGCGACGUGUAUUGUGCAAGUACCCAAAUUUGAAACAUUUGGCCAUUAGAAGAGGUUAUGACUGUAUCUCACAUGAAAAUGUUAUUGAAAUUAUACAUAUGUUACCUCAUAUAACCCUUAUUGACAUCAGAGACUCGAAAAAAGUGGACGAAAAUACAACACGAUACAUUGCUCAAUAUUGUAGAGACCACAAUCGUUCAAUUUCAUUAUAUUACCAAAAAAGACCUAAGAUAUCAAAGAACUGGCCUCAUUUAUCAACUAAAAGAACGCGCAUUGGUCGCGGACUUGAUUUCAUGAAACACUGUUUUCUAAAAACGUAUUGUAAUGAUUUUCCAUACCUGUUGGAUCCUGAUGAAUAAAGCACAUUCAUGUAUAUAAGUGCGAAUCACUAACAAGAAAUCACUAGCAAUCACUUGUAAGAAGAAUUAUUUUGCCAUUUCA